AUGAAGAUCAUAGUGUCUGAUUCCUCCAAAUUUCAGUUCGUUGGCUCAAUCCCUGAGUCAAUGUAUGGGUGUGUUCCAAACGAUAGUCGCAUCAUCAGAACUUACAAGGAGUUUCAUCGCUCAGGUCCCAGAGAGCUCAUUCCUGAAAUGAUCCAAUCCAUUCAUGACGCUGACAGGCCUGCUCCCAAGGGAAAGAAACAAGACAAGGGAAAGGACAAGAAAGUUGUCAAAGGAGCGAAGGGUCCUUCUCCAAAGAAGCGCAAACCUUCCAAGGAAGCUCAAUCCCCUCCACCAAAGAAGAGGAAGACUCAACCCAGGCGUAAACUUAUUCUUGCCUCCUCCUCCAGUGAAUCUGAGGAAGAGAGUUCAGACUCAGAAGAGUCCCUUCGAGAAGCUACCACAACAACCACCGCUGGGGUUCGAACCAAUGUAUCUGAUACGGGGGCUCCUACUUCAGCACCUGAACCUACCCCACCGUCGCCUUCAUCUCCUGAUCAAACAGCAGAAGAUGAGGAACCUUUUCUUAGAGGAGAGGACAUGACGUUUGACUCGGGAUCCGCACACUCCAAUGCAGAGAAGCUUGAUUCUCUUGUCCACAAGCUGGCCACUUCAGUUGCCUCUGAACUGCAGUCCUUUGCCAGUCUUCGUCAGUCUCUCAAUGAUGACAACAAAUUAUUCCAGGCGACUAUUGAGGAGCGUUUGACAAAGCUGCAAGAAGAUCUCGCUUCAGAGAACUCAGUGAUGGAUGCUCUUGCUCGGAAGACUACUGCUCUUAAGGUCAAGAGUCUUCAUCUUUUUCAAUCAGAAAAGGAAGUUGCCUCUCUCUGA